AUGGCCGACCAACAACCCCCGGAAGCUCCUCCGUCUGAAUCCCGCCUCACGAGACUACCCUACGAACUCCGGCGCAUGAUCUUCGUUCCACUCUACGACGAAUACCUCGAGGAAGAGAAGCUCAGAGGCGGACAAUACUUACCUCAUUCACUCGCCUACAUUUCAGCGCCCUGGAACGUUUUCGAGGCUCUCUUCGACGCGCGGGAUUUCGUACGCACUUCCCGUGGCGCGCCCGUUACGAUGCUUCACCCCGAUCGGACCCGCCGCGAGUUGGCGGGACUUCCGAAGAACGCGAAAUUGGAUCUUUACUGCUCCGAUACCGACGACUGGAGGCCAUUCGACCGCGAGGAUACAUUUGACAAGUUCUCCAUCCCAGCCGCUGCAAAGCGUGCGCUCCGCAGAUUGGCGAAUGCGAAGACGCUCACGGUGUCCGCUACAAUGUCCAAACUGUCCAACUUUCCCUUGCUUACCGAAGGAAGACUCUCCAACAUCGACAGACUCAGGCUUUUGGUCAGAAUUCUCUACAAGCUGUCGACCGGGAAGGCACCAGGCCUGCAACAGUUGCAUAUCGGGGUGGAUUCGAACAUGGCGCCAGAGGACGUCCAGACGUCAGAGGACGAGAAGACGCUAGAGGAAGACAAGACGUCAGAGGGAAAGAAGUACGCUCAUCAAGUUAGAAUUCAAAGGGCUCUGCACGCGCAUGAGCGUCGUCUCUGGGAGCAUGGUGCGGAUCUCUUCCCUGAGAUAGAGGACCUGGAGCUAGCCGGACUACACUGCACGGUUCGGCCGCGUCUCCCGCCGUCGCUCACCAAGCUCGACCUGACGUGCAUCUUCACCAUCAGUAUGGACGAUCUUCUCGACAUGCUCCAAUCCCUCCCUAGUCUGCGCGACUUGGCUCUCUCGGAUUGUGCGCAGCGUCUUCGCUCGAUGACGCCUGAUCGGCAUACACCCCGAUCCGUACACCUACCGCACCUUCAAAAGAUAGCGUUACGAGAAGGACUUCUGGAGCUUGUAACCAUCCUCUCCCGCCUCGAGUUUGGGCCCACUACGUCGAUGAAUCUCUCGAACGACGUCGAAGACUCCAAUGAUCAAGAUGUGACUCCGGAUGCCAUCAGCACCUUAGCGCGCGAAGUUCAAUCUCGUUUGGAAACCGGGGGGGAAGAGAACGCGUCCGUCUUCCAGGCACUAGAUGUCAAGCUCUUUCAAGGGCAGCCUGAGGUCAACACCUUCGAUCUGCACGGUUACGACGGCCUGCCAAGCACUUUCUUGAAUGAGUCCGCGUUUGUCGGCGAGCGGACGCACAAUGCCGAUUCAAAGGACGCUGGUUGGGAGUCGGAUUCAGACUGGGAUAAUAACGCGCCCUCAGACGACGGGUUAAUUGUAGAAUCCACUGGGCAUCUAACGCACGCCUGCAGCCUACGUUGA